UGGGCUUUAAUAAAGGCAAAGGAGUAUCCUGGCUUUAAUUUUAAAGCUUGCGAUACAUGGAUCAGCACGUUCAAACGACGAAAUAGAAUUUCAUCUAGAAAAGUUCAAAAACUUGUCAAGAGAUCAACAGUGAAGGAGAUGGACCAAAUUCUUCAACAAACAGAAAAUUUUCGACACCAUAUCCAACCACUAUUGAAUAUUUAUGAAAAAGAAAAUAUCUGGAACACGGACCAAACUGGAUUUAAGUACGAAAUUUUGUCUAAUCGAACUUUAACAUGGAAAGGAGAAAGAACAACCAUCGGGACUGCAUUCUCACCGAAGAAUAAGGUCACGCAUUCGUACACCGUCCAAUAUAUUAUUGCCUAUAAUGGCUCAAUUCUUCCUCAGGUGUAUGUUUGUUUACAAGAAAUAGGUGGAACAUUUGGCCCCGUAGUACAAAGAAGUAUAUUUACUGCCCCAAAUUUAGUCAUUGCUUCAAGCAAAUCAGGAAAAUUAAGCAACACUUUAGUAGCGGAUUUUUUGGACAGAAUGGUCGUGCCACAUGCUGAAUAUAAUCAAAUUCUUUAUAUAUUGGACAAUUGGACUGGACAAACUAAUAUGCAGUUGUACGACGAAAGGUUUGAAGAUAAAGAGACCUUCGACUUCAAUCUAAAAUUUGUUCCGGAAGGCUGCACGGACCUUUGCCAACCAUUGGAUACGUAUUUUCAUCGACAGUUGAAAUUUAUUGUAAAACAGUUUUACUACUUUGACUCCUUGCAUUGUCCUCAUGAACAAGAAUUGUCAGAAUUGUGCACACGUAAUGGAAUUUUAAAACUCCAGUCAUUGGUUCACUUUCUCUUAAGUGCACCAGUGUUUUUACCAAUGAUUCGUUAUUGUUGGUACUCGAGUGGGUUGUGGGCUGAUGGUGAAAAACCUAACUUUAAAAAUGUCAGUGAAGUUUGUUUUCAAUCCAAAGGGACUGAUUGUAGCGUAUUUGACUGUACUGUUGUUCCAUUCAUUAGUUGCAGUUGGUGCAAAUUUUCUUUUUGUUUUAAUCAUUUUUAUAUUAAUUAUCACAUGAGUAGUUGUACUAAAAGUCCAUAUAAUUAA